AUGUGGCGCAGCGCCGGCCUCGCUGGCGACGCGCAGAAGGCUGAGACCAAAGAGGAAUUUGUGAAAGUUAGAAGGAGGGAUUUGGAAAGGCUGACAACUGAAGUUAUGCAACUGCGGGAUUUCUUACCCAAAAUAGUAAAUGGAGAUAUCUUGGGGACAUUCCAGAAGUUGGAUGCUAUUGAAUCAAACCUGGAGAAGAAGGAGGAGGAAAUAGAGCAGCUGAGAAUGGAUUGUGAGCACUUCAGAGCCCGUCUGGAAACGGCCCAGGCAGAUUGCAUGAGAGAGAAGAAGGAGAAACUGGACCUGCAGCAGCAGCUGAGCGAGGCCAAGCAGCAGCUCCUGCAGCAGGCAGAGUAUUGCACAGAGAUGGGAGCAGCAGUGUGCACCUUGCUCUGGGGGGUAUCCAGCAAUGAGGAGGCUGUGAAAUCCAUUCUAGGAGGAACUAAAGCAGUAAAGUUUUUUGCAAUCACUGCCCAGACCAUGGAGAGCUUUGUGAAGUCAUUAAGUGAAGACAUGAAACAGCAGGAUUUGGAUUCUGAGGAAAAUCAGUUUGUUUUAGCUUUGGCAGGGAUUGUAACAAAUGUGGCUGCACUGGCAUGUGGCCGUGAGUUCCUGGUCAGUUCCAGUCAGGAAUUACUGGACACUAUGAUGCAUCUCCUGGGAGAAAUGAAGCCAGGACUCUGUAACAAAUUUAAAGUGCUAAUGCUAAUGUCACUUUACAAUGUGAGUAUCAACAUGAAAGGCUUGAAGUACAUCAGUGAGAGUCCAGGUUUUAUUCCCCUGCUUUGGUGGCUGUUGAAUGACCCGGACACAGAGGUUUGCCUGCACGCCCUGCGGCUGCUGCAGUCGGUGCUGCUGGAGCCAGAGGUGCUGGCCAGGUCGGGCGCCGAGGUGCGCGAGACGCUGCCCUUGCAGCGCAUCUUCGCUCUGUCCCAGAGCCGGCACGCAGAGCUGCAGGCCCUCGCCAAAGAACUCCUCGAGGACCUUAAAAUGUUUGACUGCCAAGCAUAG